AUGAAGAGCAGUCCUAAGCCUAGUGAUGAGCCAAUGAAAACAAGUCCAUUCUGCCUCUCUCCACCACCAAGCCACAUCAAGGUUAAAGUAGGAGAUGUCCUUGAGCUCAGUUCCCAUGUCCCACAUCCACCUCCUCCAGCUCAGCCUCCUCUACCACAUACACAGCUCAUGUUGGCUGGCAAUCAGCUUGCAGGGCUUGCAGCUCUUCUCCCUGCACAGCAGCAGUUACUGCUACAGCAGGCUCAGGCGCAGCUCCUGGCCGCUGCAGUGCAGCAGACCAACGCAGCUCACGCAGCUCACGCAGCCAGUCAGCAACAGGCUCAGCAGCAACAGGCCAAUCAGACUUCAGCACAAGUCCAGACGCAAGCUAAAACAGAGCAGAGUUCUGUUCAUGCCCCACCACCACUUGCCUUCUCACAGCCCAUCCAGCUCACUGCCCAGGAUAUUCAGCAGCUGUUGCAGUUGCAGCAGUUGGUGCUGAUGCCAGGUCACCCUUUGCAUUCUCCUGCUCAGUUCCUCUUACCCCAGGCACAAGCCCAGCAGAGCCAGCAGGGGCUGCUUUCAACACAGAACUUGAUUCCACUACCUCAGCAAAGUCCUGGAUCUCUCCUGACCACACCAACCAGACUGAGCAUGCAAACACAAAGGGAGAAGGGACGAGAGAGUAGCAUGACACCAUCAGUCGCUGCACCCAUGAGCUUGGCUGCGACAGUCACAUCACACAGCGAGGAGCCCAGUGAUCUGGAGGAGCUGGAGCAGUUCGCUCGCACCUUCAAACAAAGGAGAAUUAAACUGGGCUUUACCCAGGGUGAUGUAGGAAUGGCCAUGGGUAAGCUGUAUGGUAAUGACUUCAGUCAGACCACCAUCUCACGCUUUGAGGCUCUCAACCUCAGCUUCAAAAAUAUGUGCAAGCUCAAACCGCUGCUGGAGAAAUGGCUGAGUGAUGCAGAAACUAUGGCAAUAGACAACAUGCUGCCCAGUCCCAGCUCACUGUCUUCUCCAGUUCUGGGCUUUGAGGGGUUGCCUGGGCGACGCAGAAAGAAACGCACCAGUAUUGAGGCGAAUGUCCGCGUUGCUCUGGAGCGAAACUUCAUCACGAACCAGAAGCCUACCUCAGAGGAGAUCCUUCUGAUGGCCGAGCAGCUCAACAUGGAAAAGGAAGUGAUCCGUGUGUGGUUCUGUAACCGCCGGCAGAAAGAGAAACGCAUCAACCCCUCGAGCAGCACCCCUCCCCUGCCCAGCCAGCCCCCUCCUGCCACACACAAACCCCCCUGCUACAGCUCACACAUGAUGUCCAGUCAGGGACUAAUUCAGGCUCCUACUUCAAGUCUCAGUGUAACAGCUGUUAGCCCCGCCCACUCUGCAGUCUGCCCUCCUAACCCCGGGGGCCAUGUAUCAGUGAGCUCUGCCCCACCACCAGUGACUUCCCCUCCUCUCAGCAGAGCUAGCUCCAGCCCCACUGGGAACUCAAUGAUGGGUGUAAGCACAAGCAUGAACCAGGCUCUCAUCAGCAGCCAUCCACUGGCUACAAUGCAAGCUCUGGCUGUAAGAGGUGGCCAGAUGUCCAUUUCAGCACUCGAAAGCAGUGGCCAAAUGUUCCUUGGUGGGGCUACAGGGGUGGGACUGUCCUCCCUCUUUCUUAACCGCCCCACCAUGUUGCCCAUGGCCACAGGCACCAGUAUGGGAUUGGUUAGCGCAGCACGUGCAUGUUCACCUUCCAGUGCCAGCCACAUGAGCCCAGACUCCUGCUCUGCUUCUCUAUGCUCAAGCCCUGCUUCUUACUGCUCCUUCAGUGAAGCCUCUCCACCACCUCUAGGAGGGGCAAUGGCUGAGUGA